GAAGAGAGUCAGCUGCUUCAUUCACUGACAACACUUUCACUCUGAGGGUUGACCUUGGUUGCUCAUCAUUAGCAUCGGAAACCAGUAAGAGAUAUCUGUUUUGGUGAAAUUUGACUGCCCUGUUGGUUGGUUGAGAGUUUAUACAUCAGGAGGAUCAUGGAGAAAGUGUCAAAAUCAGAGGAAAAUGAGAAGGAAGAGAAGGAAGAGAAAGAAAGGAAGGAAGAGACAAAGGAGGAUUCAGAGCCUGAAAUCAAGCUGGAGUCACUGGAAAACUCCAACUUCGACACCCUUUUCCAGGACACGUCAGAGUUCGAGUUGGCCGCAGACCGUCUGGAGCAGGUGCUGAAGAGCAUGGAGACGCUGCUGACGGAUGUGGAAGACCUCAGGAACCAGUGCAGCUUUCAGGCCUCGGAGCUGAUGCAGGCAACGGCAGAUCUGAAGCAGCAGCAGGAGGAGCUGAAGGAGAGCUACGCUGAAAUGGCCCGGGAAAUGCAGGACAUAGUGGACUCGGUGGAGGAACUGUUAGGCACCAAGAGCGCCUUUGAAGCCAAGGAGAAGGAAACGCAGAGACUGAGCCGGCAGUUUUGAGACAGCGGAAGGGAUGAACCCUGUUUUCAGUUGUGGGAUGAAUGCACUGUGUGGGGUGGUGGUUUGGACUCUGACUGUGUGAGACGCAAUUUUUGAGUUGCUGACAUGUGAAGUAAGGCUUGUUUGAAGUGAAAAUUGUUGCUUUUAGUUUAUAUCUGACAACCACAAUGAGUGACAAUCAAUUUAAGUCUUUAAAAAUAAAUGUUAUUUAUAGAAAGCUGCAAUAGUAAUAAAUCAUACAUUUGUUGUAAACACCAUCAUACAAUUUUUUGUGCCAUUGCAACUGCUUUGUACUCAGAUAUACAUUUGAAGUUCAGACUUCACUUUGGCCCAGUUUGUGCUACAUAAACAUAAUUUGCUUCAGUAAGUAAUAUGUCUUGAUAGUUUUGGAGAUGUAAAAAUUUGCAUUCAAUGUUUUUAAGCCAGAAAGACACAAGAAUGUUGCUGUCUUUUGCCUUCCCUUGAUAUAUGUUUCAGACUGCGUCCCUGCGGUUUCCAACUAAAAUAAACUAACCAAAGCAUAAAAGCAAUGUUUUCCUCCCCCAGCUCCACUGCUGUGACUUAAUGGGCUGUGUUUAGUGGUUUUGAGAUGUGCAAAAGGGACAAUCAGUGGUCAGAAUGGGCUGUAAAAAACAGUAAGGAAUAAAUCAAUGGGAAGCAAUGGAAAGUUACGGCUAUAUUUUACUUUAUUUUUCUAAGAUGGGUUUCAUAAUAUAUCCAGUGAUUGCUGUUCAAUCUGCAACAAGUAUAUGUGUAACCAAUAAAUGUUAGGUGUCAGAAGUCAUUUGGUGUGAAGAACCCUGUUGAAUUAAAUUUUCGAUGAUAGCAGCAUUAUAAAAAAGUAUUCUCCCUCCUCCACACAGCUUUUUCUUUUUUUGGUCACACAAUAAAUGUUUUACUUAUAAUCUAAAUAAAUAGGAAAUUUUGUUUUCCAAUGAUAAUUUUAGUUAUUAAGAGGAAAAAGCAAUUCAAACCAGCCUGGCUAUGUUUGAAAAAGGAAUUUCCCCCUUAAUCCUCAUAACCACUCUGGAAGCAACAGCUGUCAUCAAGUGUUUCCCAUAGUUACCAAUGAGUACUUUAGAUACCAUGGACUGAUUUUGGUCCACUUUUAAUUCUUUUACUAUAGCCACGUCUGAGGAUUACAAAUGCUGGACGGCCUGUCUGAGUUUUUGCUGCAGCAUCUCAAGUGAAUUUAAUUCCAGUCUUUGACUUCGGCACUGUAACAUUAAUUUAGAUCAGAGAUGGGCAGUUUCAGAUCAUCAUCUUUGCGGAAGCUUAAAGUCAUGAAAUUAUGAUCCAACACUCAUCUUUAGGAUUAUCUGACAGAAGGAAUAAUUCAUGGCAUCAUCAAUUAAGGCAGGUGAUCCAGGCUUUGAAGAGGCAAAGCAGCUCUCAUUCAUAAUACAACCACUGCCAUGUUUCAGGACAUCCUUGGAAAUAGGUUCGCAGUAUGAUUUGGAGGGUAACUAUUUCCACUUUUAUAGAUGCCAAUGACUUACUUUCUCAUCUCCUUUUACAUUUCUGAGGAACGUUCUGAUUUGUUUGUUUUCAAAAUCUUUUAGCCUUUAUAUCAGAUAUUUUUUAUUAUACGAAUGUAUAUGCAAUUGUUUAAACUGAAAUAAAGCUUUCAACCCAGUUACUAUUAUUGGGGGCUUUAUGGGUGUUUACUAUAUGUAGUUCAGAGUAUUGGUAAAGGAUGUGGAAGCAGGGAAUUGUUUAGAUUUUACUUGAUUAUUAUUUUUAUUAAACUUUACAACCUCUGAAAACUAACAAACGAUGACAGCAGAGGGGAACAUUCAGGUUGUUUAAUACUGAAAGAAAACAUAAAUGUUCAAAAUAAAUGACAUAUGAAAGUUUUAGUGAGAUUUUUAUGUUAAGGAAUUAAAAAAUAUUUUAAAUGUGCAGAAAAGGGGAUAAAAAUGUGAAAUUAGAGGAUAUUUAGUUACAUUUAACUUCAGUUUGAAAUUGUUUGGUCAGACUAUUUAGGUGUUUUCUACAGUUGUCAGGCCUGAGUGUGGUUAAUGUUAUUAAACCAAAGAAUACAGCUAACCUCAGGUGAUUUGUCAUUUGGGAAGAGACACAAUUAUGUUUUCAGAGGGCAAACCCUGACUUCCUUUAAAUCGCAACUAAAAACACACCUGUUUAGAAUUGUAUUUGAAAUGUAAUACGUAACAAUGUAUUGUCUAUUAUAUGUUGCAUGACUUUGUGUUCUUGUGUUUAUGAUGUAAAGCACUUUGAAAUGCCUUGCUACUGAAAUGUGCUAUACAAAUAAAAUUUGAUUUGAUUUUGA